CUCCAGCUGCUGAGCCCCAUCCCCCCGCGGCCGGCCGGUUCCAGCCUGCGCCCCGUGUCCGUGCCGGUGCCCCCUCCCCCGGGCCCCGCCAUGGGCCUCACCGUUUCCGCGCUCUUUUCGCGGAUCUUCGGGAAGAAGCAGAUGCGGAUCCUCAUGGUUGGCUUGGAUGCAGCUGGCAAGACCACAAUCCUGUACAAACUGAAGUUGGGAGAGAUUGUCACCACCAUUCCCACCAUAGGCUUCAAUGUGGAAACAGUGGAAUACAAGAACAUCUGUUUUACAGUCUGGGACGUGGGAGGCCAGGACAAGAUUAGGCCUCUGUGGAGGCACUACUUUCAGAACACUCAGGGCCUCAUCUUUGUGGUAGACAGUAAUGACCGAGAGCGGGUCCAGGAAUCUGCUGAUGAACUCCAGAAGAUGCUGCAGGAGGACGAGCUGCGGGAUGCGGUGCUGCUGGUCUUUGCCAACAAACAGGACAUGCCCAACGCUAUGCCCGUGAGUGAACUGACUGACAAGCUGGGCCUGCAGCAUUUACGCAGUUGCACGUGGUACGUCCAGGCCACCUGUGCCACCCAAGGUACAGGCCUAUACGAUGGGCUGGACUGGCUGUCCCAUGAGCUGUCGAAGCGCUAACCGACCAGGGGCCGGCUCUUGCUGCCCAGAAGCUCCCGCGUGCAUCCCCAGGAUGACAGGACUCCUGGACUCCUCAGGCAGUGCCCUGCCCUUCUGUCCCUCCUCCCACAGACAACAGGCCUCUGCUCCUGCCUCUCCUGCCUGCAUGUUCUCUCUGUUGUUGGAGUCUGGAGCCUUGCUCUCUGGGCACGGAGGGGUCCACUCUCCUGCCUGCUGGGACCUGUGGAAAGGGCUUCCAGGCUGAGGCCCCUUCAUCCAGAGGAGGAGCAGGGACCUGGGUUUAUUUUGUUUUUUCCAUUUUGGGCAUACCCUUGGGGCCAGGUGGGGGGGAAGGUGAGGACUCCGAGUGGUGCUAUAAUAAGGCACUGGAUAUCGAGUAAUAAAUUUGCUGUGGUUUGUA